GCGUGUGGCUAUGUGUCAAAUGUCCUGCCCAGGGUGUUGUCCCGGUGUUGUCCCCCCGGGGUGCCUCACGCUCCUUGCUGCUUCACCCUAAUUCACCCUAGCAACACCCUGGGCCAGCACACACCAUCAUAUUACUGCAGAGGACCGUGCUAACUGUGCUGUCAAGUGGUAUUGUUAACACGCAAUUCCGGAUGUGACAAGCUGGCAAGCUCCUGAAGGAUGUACCUCGCCACUUGAUAACCGGUAGUAAGAAAUUAGCAGGGAUAGAUAAUGCGUUAACCAGCCUGGAGAAAUAUAGAAGGUGACCAGCAGGACAAGAGGGUAUUUAUUUUAUUGCCCCUUACAAGUUUUGGUGUUUAUUUCUUCCAAGAGAUCUCUACACUUUCCUAAGUUUGGUGGUGUGAGGCAGUUACUGUAACAUCAUCACCAUGGUGUUGGGGGAUCGCACUGUAAGUGAGUCGUCGGAUGACAUAGACAUCCGACCACUAGAGUUGGAAGACCUCAGGAGAAGAUUAGAAGAGAGUGAUGAUGAUUGCCAGUCUUUACCUGGGGAAAGUUCAAGCCAGUCCUUCUCUACAGCAUUUCGAUUAGGCCUCAAGAGGAGGAGGGAAGAACCUAUAAGCAGGAAAUUUGUGGCAAAAAUGGCUUGGAAAAAUGCAGUUCGCAAGGCUCUUUCUAUGCAAGACCCGUGGGAGAAGUUCCAUCUGGACAUGUACAAGACGGAGCGGGCAAGGCGUCACCGCUACAAUGCCAUGCGGCAAGCCUGGACGCAGGAUGAGGUUGUCAUCAAAAUGGAGAAGCAGCCCUUUAACCAUGGUGCCAUGAGGGAGUGCUUCCGCAUGAAGAAGCUGAGUAACUUCUCAAAAGAUGACUGGGUGCGUGCCCACAACUAUGUGGCCAAACGCUACAUGGACACCAGCACACCCAGGGAAACAUACUUUGAUGAUGUCAGGCUCCAGAUGGAUGCCAAGCUGUGGGGAGAAGAGUACAACAGGCAUAAUCCACCAAAAAAGGUGGACAUAUUUCAGAUGGCCAUCAUUGAAAUGAUCGACAGGGAAGGAAGCCCCCUCUUUCAUCUUGAGCAUUUCAUUGAGGGCCAGUAUGUCAAGUACAACUCAAACUCUGGAUUUGUACGCUCAGAAGCUAUUCGCAUGACCCCUCAGGCAUUCUCCCACUUCACAUUUGAGAGGUCAGGCCAUGAGCUGAUAGUAGUGGAUAUUCAAGGUGUCGGGGACCUGUACACAGACCCUCAAAUCCACACCAGUCACGGAGAUGACUAUGGGGAUGGCAAUCUGGGAACCCGUGGCAUGGCCCUUUUUCUGCAUUCUCACCGUUGUAAUUCUAUCUGUGAGAGCCUCUGCCUCACUCCUUUUGACCUGGCUCCCUCAGAGAUUGAAAGUACCAAAACAUUUACCAUUGCCAAGAACGCCUACCAGACUAAAGUUCGAGGUACUGAGGAAGUAGUACAAAGUCCUACAUCAGAGGAGAAGGAACACAUUCAGGAAUACAUUCGUCUCCGCUCCCUUUCAUCGGGAUAUCAUUCAGGAGAUGAGCGGCCUCGGGUCAAGCUCACUUCUAUCAGCUCCUUGGACUCCUUGGAGAGUGAUGACAUGCUCAUGUCUGAAAGUGAGGACUCUCUAGUGGAUUCUGCCAAGCAAGAGAGACGCUACCACCAGAAUUACCUCAAGGAUUACCAUUCGAGGAUUCGCCUGGACUCUAUGACAGACUCUGGAACGGAUACAGAGACACGAGAAAAAGAUUUCCUACAGUUCAAAGAGUUAGUACAAAGGAAGGCUCGUCCCUCACAUGUGCUUGGGGAGAUUGAGCAUCGCAAACAGUUGGAGCUACUUGAAGAAAAUAGGAGCAAAACCGGAGGCUCAGUCCUUGGGCAGAUACAUUUGGACCUUGCCAAAUAUCAUGAACUGAAUAGAUUUGUGGAAGAGAAUGAAUCGUUUGAUCAAGAAGCUGCCAUGUAUCACCUGAGUCAGGCGGCGAAGUGUGACUGUUUGGAGGCCAUUAAAACCAUGGCACAGCUUCACCUUGGUCUUCCACAUGACACUCUAUCAGACAUUCAGUUGGACGACAACAAAUGUGACGUGGAGAUUGGGUUUGACUACAUGUUGACAGCAGCAGAAGCCAAGGACCGACCAGCCAUGAUUUAUGUCUCAAAGGCUUUUGAAACAGGCAUUGGACUGCCCAGCUCAAGGUCUCAGAAUUGGAGCAAGGCUGUGUACUGGCUAGACAAAGUGAUAAAUACCUCUACACAGGAUGAAGAAGGGAACUUCGAUGGAACCAUGGAUGACCCGCAGUACCAACUAGUGGCACGACAAGCCCAAAUGUACCUCACCGGUGGUUAUUCCUUAGAGAGGGAUCCUAAUAAAGCUGGAGAGCUGUAUAGUGAUGCAGCAGAACUAGCAACAGAAGCCAUGAAGGGAAAGCUUGCUGCCAAGUACUUCAUGCAGGCUGAAGAGGCGUGGGCAGAGUGUGAGGAGUGAGGCAGCCUCACACGGUGAUAUUAUUGGUUGGUGCUAAUUACUUCUCAGAAGAAGGAGAAAUAGCCACUACUUCAUGACAAUGCUUCCUUGAAAAGGCUUGUAUAGUGCUCUUUUAUUCUCAUGAAAUUAAAGAUUCUAUGCAGAUCUUGAUGUAUUUAGAGAGUACCUAAAUUUCCUUUUUUUUUUUUUUUUUUUUUUUUUUUUUUUUUUUUUUUUUUUAUAGGGGAGGCCUUUUAGAGGGCUGUGUUUAUGGAUAUGUGAAUGUAGACAUUCAUUCAAGUGGGUGUUUUGGUUUUCAAAUUUACCAAAACAUAUUGUCCUGAAUGAUUAAACAUGUGAAGUAUAAACAUAAAUUAGAUUAAGAAAUGUUGGCAUUACAUUGUACUGAGGGAAAUUUCAACAUGACGGCAGUGGAAUUUGAAAAAUCUGUGUUAUUAUGUAGCUGGGCACGUGGCACUUUUUAAGACUGGCAGUAGUGAGAACAGCACUGGCCAAAAAGCAGUACUGGCUGUUGCAAUAGCACUACAACUUUUGACCGAUGGUACCAUUAAUAGAACUUUCUAGCAGUAUCUUACUUUUUUUACUACUUGAGUCUUUCCUUCACCCUGUGUAUGCAAAAAUUGGUAAAGAUUGGUUUUAUAAUCAUGUCUCUAUUCUGUUUCCUACUUUACAAAUGUUCUGUUGUCAUAUAUAUAUAUAU